AAUCCACAUUUCAACCAUGCUGCAUUUGAGUAAGGGUGAUUUUGUAUGGGUGGAUUCUGGUUCCGGGGUACCAAUCGGUGCGGAGGUCAAGGUGACAGACACAGGACAGCUGCAGCUGAUCGAUGAUGAAGGAAAGGAGCACAAGAUCAAGAAGUUGGAGGGUAGCAUCCGGCCCAUGCACCCCACCUCUGUGAAGGGUGUGGACGACAUGAUACGGCUUGGUGAUCUCAAUGAGGCGGGGCUUCUCAGGAAUCUCCUGGUGCGACACAAAGAAGGCAUCAUCUAUACAUACACAGGCUCCAUUCUGAUUGCAGUCAACCCUUACCAGCUGCUGCCCCUCUACACCACUGAGUACGUGCACAUGUACACAGAUCGACGGCUGGGUGAAUUACCGCCACACGUCUUCGCCGUCGCAGACAGCUGCUUUUUCAACAUGCGACGCAACCGGAAGAACCAAUGCUGUGUCAUCAGCGGAGAGUCAGGGGCAGGGAAGACUGAGAGCACCAAGCUGAUGUUGCAGUUCCUGGCCGCAGUGAGCGGCCAGCACUCCUGGAUAGAGCAGCAGAUUCUUGAAGCCAACCCCAUCUUGGAGGCGUUUGGUAAUGCCAAAACAAUCCGCAAUGAUAACUCCAGUCGUUUUGGGAAGUACAUUGACAUAAACUUCACCAAGGGUGGGGCCAUCGAAGGGGCACGUAUUGAGCGGUACCUGCUGGAGAAGUCCAGAGUUUGUCGUCAGGCACCUGAGGAAAGAAACUACCACAUCUUUUACUAUAUGCUGAUGGGCAUGCCAGCUGAGCAGAAAAAGAUCCUUUCCCUUGGGAGCGCUGCUGAGUACAACUAUCUGACCAUGGGUAACUGCACCAGCUGUGAAGGCCGUGAUGAUGUGAAGGAGUAUGCUCACUUCCGUUCUGCUCUGAAGAUCCUCAUGUUCACAGAAAAUGACACCUGGGAAAUCUCCAAAAUGCUUGCUGCUAUCCUUCACCUGGGCAAUGUGGACUUCGAGGGCACCAUAGUCAAUAACCUGGAAGGCUGCUCUAUCCUCAAAUCAUCCCAUUUCAAAAUGGCCAACCAACUUUUGGAGGUGGAUCCCACAGCGCUGGAGAACAGUCUGACUCAGCGCUCCUUCAUGACUGCCAGGGAGAGCGUGACUAGAUCUCUGACCUCCGCCCAGGCCGUGGAUGGCAGGGACGCCUUUGUCAAAGCUAUUUAUGGAAGACUUUUCAUAUGGAUUGUGGACAAAAUUAACUCUGCCGUUUACAAACCACCUGAGGAUUCCAACGAGGUUCGACAGUCAAUAGGGUUGCUUGACAUCUUUGGCUUUGAGAACUUCAGCAGAAACAGCUUUGAGCAGCUGUGUAUUAACUUUGCCAACGAGCAGCUGCAGCAGUUCUUCGUCAAGCAUGUUUUCAAGUUGGAACAGGAGGAGUAUGCCCGUGAAAACAUUGUUUGGAAGCACAUAGACUUCAAGGACAACCAGCGUACACUGGAUGUCCUCGCCACCAAGCCCCUCAACAUCCUGGCUCUUAUUGAUGAGGAAAGCAACUUCCCCAAGGGCACAGAUACGACCAUGCUCCAAAAAAUGAAUCAGCUCCAUGGGAAAGGGGAAAUCUAUAUCCCCCCCAAGAACAACUAUGAGACACAGUUUGGAAUCCAGCAUUUUGCUGGAGUGGUCUACUAUGAUUCACAAGGUUUCCUUGAGAAAAACCGUGACGCCCUUAGCUCAGACCUGAUUCAGCUAGUGGAGACCUCAAGCAACAAACUCCUCAAACUGGUGUUUCAAAAUGAGCUGUCCUCCACAACUGAUAACAAGAAGCGCAUGCCAACCCUGAGUGGCCAGUUCCGUCAGUCUCUGGAUUCCUUGAUGAAAACACUGGCUGUGUGCCAGCCCUAUUUCAUACGUUGCAUUAAACCCAAUGACUUCAAGAAGCCCAUGCUGUUUGACAGAGAGCUGUGCAUGCGGCAGCUCCGUUACUCUGGUAUGAUGGAGACCAUCAAGAUCCGGAAAGCUGGGUAUCCUGUGCGCUACACCUUCAGUGAGUUUCUAGAUCGCUACCGCGUACUUCUGAAAACUAUUGUUUUAUUCAAACAGGAAAGUAAAGAGAAAUGCUGUGAAAGCAUUUGUGAGUCUGUGCUUGUUGGCGAGGGCGACUGGAAGACUGGCAAGACCAAGAUAUUCCUCAAGGACUUCCAUGACACCAUGCUUGAAGUGGAGCGAAUAAAAGAACUCCAUCAGAAAGCACUUUUGAUCCAGAAAGUUCUGAGAGGUUACAAAUACAGGAGACAAUUCCUGAGAAAAAAGAAAGGUGCUAUUGUCAUUCAGAAACACUGGAGAGGCCACAAAGGCAGAAAGCUGUACAAAGUGGUCCAGCUGGGCUUUGCAAGGCUGCAGGCACAGGUUCGCUCUCGCCAACUCCACUCCCAGUAUAGGAAGAAACGGCAGGCAGCCAUUAUACUGCAGACCCAAGCCAGAGGUUACCUGGCCAGGAAGGAAUGGACGCGUAAGAGAGAGGCUGUGAUCCUCCUGCAGGCACACACCAGGGGUAUGCUGGCAAGAAACGCUGUCAGAAAGAGGAAACGAGAUAUGUACCUCUCUGCUAAAGAGAGAGAAGAAGAACAGCGGGCAAUUUUGGAGAAACAGAAACACUUGGAAGAAGUGCUGAGGCAGAAGAAAGAGAUGGAGGCCAGAGCCCACGCUGAUUCCAUCACAGACCAAGAGAUGGUGGACAGCAUCUUUGGCUUCCUGCCCACUAUUAUUGGAGGGCAGGAGGGGCAAGCACCCGUGGGAUUUGAGAAUUUUGAGAGGAGAAGGAUAAUUAUUGAGGAGAUAGACAUCGACGAACUCCCCAUGGAGGAAGAUCUUCCCAAAGUAGACAAUGAUGAACUGGAUGAGUAUUCCUUCUCCAAAUUUGCCUCCAUGUACUUCCAGGGAGCAGCCACCCACACCCACAUCCGCCAGAGGCUUCAUCAGCCUCUGCUCUACCAUGAGGAUGAGGGAGAUGUUCUGGCUGCACUGACAGUGUGGUGGAUCAUUCUGAGGUUCAUGGGAGACCUUCCUGAGCCAAAGAAGCAGGUCCGGGUCCAGGGAGCCUCCACACAGGAACACCUUCUGCCACAGGACUUGAUCUCCAGAAAGGACAGACGUCUCAGCCACAUGGUGGGCCCGGAUCAGAGGGUGCUAAGGAAUAAAAAAGAAAGUCAUCCUUCUCCUAUCCCAGAGGAGUCAACACAAAACAAAAGGGGCUCAAUAUUUACAGACCUUCUGACACGAAACAGGAAGGCUUCUGCUGUGCCAAGUGAGACAGCUCAAAACCCAAAGGCAUACACUGUACCAGAAGGAAACCCUCGAGCAAGAAAGGGAUCCACAUUUACUGACCUAUUGUCUAGGAACAAAAAAGCACCUCCUGUUCAAGAAAAUGGAUUCCAAAAACCCACUUCAAGUUUCAGGAAACCAUCGAUCAUCACGGAGGAGCCAGAUGAUCUGAUGGAGGUGUCAAAGCCUCCCACCCUGCAGACUGUGAAUGAGUACAGUGAUGCCACGACUGCAGAAGGACCCACCCUCAACCGGCCACUGACCUCUUUAGAAAAACUCCACAUUAUUGUGGGAUAUGCCAUUGUUAGACAUGACCUCAGGGAUGAGAUUUACUGUCAGAUCUGCAAGCAGCUUCAUGACAAUAACAACCGCAACAGCUACUUCCGUGGCUGGAUCCUGCUGUCCCUCUGUCUGGGCGUCUUCCCUCCAACUGAGCGCUUUAUAAAGUACCUCCAUAGUUUCAUCCGUUCAGCUCCAGCAGGCUACGCUUCCUACUGUGCUGAAAGACUCCAGCGCACAGUCAUGAAUGGAAUACGAGGAGAACCUCCAGCCUGGCUGGAGCUGCAGGCAACCAAGACAAAAAAGCCCAUAGUUGUGACAGUGAUGCUGAUGGAUGGCUGCUCCGUUAACCUGCCUGUUGAUUCAGCAUCUACCUCCAAAGAGAUCUGCCAACUGGUUUCCAGCAAAGUCAAACUCAAAGACACCUUUGGCUUUUCUCUCUAUGUGGCCUUGUAUGAAAAGGUGUGGGCUCUGGGCAGUGGCCGGGAGCACGUGAUGGAUGCCAUUUCCCAGUGUGAGCAGGAGGUAAAGAGGAGAGGAGGGCAGGAGCAGCAUGCUCCCUGGCGGCUCUUCUUCCGCAAGGAGGUCUUUACCCCCUGGCAUGACUGUAAAGAGGACAAGAUCAGCACAAACCUCAUCUACAAGCAGAUCAUUCACGGUCUGAAGUUUGGAGAGUACCAGACUGAAAAGGAGGAGGAUUUAGUUCAGCUUGCUGCAAAACAUUUAUACAUCCAGCACGGCUCAGACAGCAGUCCUGAAAAUGUGAAGAAAGCUGUUCAGGACUGCAUCAGCAGCUCUCUGCUGGAGGCCAAGUCAGAGUUCAAAUGGGCGCAGAUGGUCAGCACCGCUCAUGCUCAGGGUCCAUACUUGAGUUCAAAACAAAAGGCAGAUUCGGUGAAGGCAGAGAUUGUCAACUACACUCGAGAGAAGUGGCCCAUUUUCUUCUCCAGGUUCUUUGAGGUUGUCAAACUGUCAGGUCCUCCACUGCCAAAGAGAAAGUUCAUUGUGGCCAUAAACUGGACUGGUAUCACAUUCCUGGAUGAGAGAGAGAAAAGGCUGCUGGAGCUCUCCUUCCCUGAGGUGACAGGAGUCAAUACCAUAAGGGAGGGUAAAUCGUCUGGCCAGGCGGUGUGUCUGCUGACACUGAAAGGAGACUUCACUCUGAGUGGACCCACAGCUGAGGACAUGGCUGAGCUGGUUACCAUGUUCCUCAGUGGACUAACAGAGCGAUCUCAGUAUGCUGUGGCCCUGAAGGAAGUCAACAGACAAGAUGACCCCACAUUCCUUAGCUUCAAGAAAGGAGAGCUCAUUAUAAUCAUCAAGGAUGAUGAGUUUUCUCAGCAGCGUGGCUGGAUAAAGGGCCAAACUGAGAGCAGGAGACAAACAGGAGCUGUCCCCACCGAGGCUAUCUUAAUCAUUCCAACACUCAGCAAACCCACCAAUGAGGUCAUGAGCCUCCUCAACCUGUCUCCGAACCAGAGGAAGGACAUCAUACAGGCAAACCUGAAAGAUACAGGCAUGGCGGAGAGAUCGGCUCCUGCCACACUGAAAGAAUUUUCCCUCGAGUACUUCAGGCAGCCUACUAAGGAUGUGAACCUUCAGGUGAUUUCCAGGAAUGUGGCUCCUGAGAGGCUGUGGGCAAACUCCAGAGAGCCAAUCCGACAGCCCCUCCUCAAGAAACUGGUGGGCAACCCAGAGCUCAGCCACAAGGCCUGUCUAGCCUUCACUGCCAUCCUGAAGUAUAUGGGAGAUUACCCCACCAAGCAGAUGCAGAAUCCUCUGGAGCUCACUGACCAGAUCUUUGGCCCUGCCACUCAACAUGAGGCGCUCAGGGAUGAGAUCUACUGCCAAAUCAUGAAGCAGAUGACCAGCAAUAACAAUCGGUUCAGCAUGGAGCAGGGCUGGCAGCUGCUGUGGCUCUGCUGUGGCCUGUUUCCUCCCAGCCAGUCUCUUCUGAGACACAGUCAGCGCUUUCUGGAGUCCCGCCGCAAAGAGCACUUGGCCUCUGACUGCCUGCAGCGUCUGCAGAGCUCUCUCAGGAUGGAGCCCAGGAAGCUCCCACCACACCAGGUGGAGGUAGAUGCCAUCCAACAAAACAGCACCCAGAUCUUCCACAAAAUUCACUUCCCUAAUGACACAGAGGAAAUAUUUGAGGUGGCAACCAGCACCAGGAUCAGGGAUCUCAUCCUGAAUGUCACCAACAAGCUUCAUCUGACCUCAGCAGACGGCUUCAGCAUUUUUGUCAAAACUGGUGACAAGGUCCUCAGUUUGAGUGACACCGACUAUUUCUUUGAUAGUCUGAGACAAAUCACUGACUGGUCCAAGAAGUCCAAGGGAAUCAAAGAUGGUGGGCCAGUCAAUGUACCCUACCAUGUGUUCUUCAUGAGGAAGUUGUGGUUCAAUGUGGUCCCUGGCAGAGACGCACAGGCUGAUCUUAUCUUCCAUUUCCCUCAGGAGCUACCUAAGUACCUGAGAGGCUAUCAUGUUAGCACCAAAGAGGAAAUGGUCAGCCUUGCAGCUCUGCUCUUCAGGAUAAAGGUCAGCCAUGACAAGAGCCAGCUGGUCAUGAUUCCCAAGAUGCUGAAGGAGCUGGUGCCUGUUGACCAACUGAAGGCCAUGUCUGAAAAUGAGUGGAAGAAGAGUAUUAUUGCCUCCUUUAACAAAUCAGCUGCUAUGACUGUUGAAGAAGCCAAAGUAACAUUUCUGAAGGUGGUUUACCGCUGGCCCACGUUUGGCUGUGCAUUCUUCGAAGUGAAGCAAACAUCAGAACCAAAUUUCCCAGAUAUUGUGCGAAUUGCCAUCAGCAAGCAAGGACUCACAAUCAUCCACCCAAAAACCAAGGAUGUUCUGGCAAAUCACCCAUUCAAUCGCAUUGCUAACUGGUGCAGUGGAAGCACCUACUUUCACAUGACUAUUGGCAGUUUGGUCAAGGGGAGUAAAUUCCUGUGUGAAACGUCACUGGGUUACAAGAUGGAUGAUCUUAUAACCUCCUAUGUCAACAUGUACCUCAGAGAGAGGAGGGGGGCACAAACCAGGAACCAGCGCUUCAACAUGUGAGCCUCGCAGUCAGCACCACGGGUGUGAGGCAGCUCUGUAGCUGCAGAUGUGAACCGACACACUCAACAUGUUGUUCAUACACACUCACAGAGCGAGGCUAGUCCUCUGGUUCUGAAAGAGCAAUCAGCUUUAUUUGUGUGAAGGAAAGACACUGAUUUAUAUACGAGACAAAAUGGUGCCUAACACAAAUCAUCUAUCCAUAACCCAGCUUAGAUGCCAGCAUUUUAUACGUUUCCCCACUUAAAGUUCAUCAGUUGACUAACACUUACUGCCUGUGCGUGUGUUAUGUUAUUAUAUGUGUGGAGUUUUCACACUCCAUCUAUUCAGGGCUUUCCUGUGCAUUUCCAUUGUGUAUUUUAUCUGUGUCUGAUGAACACAUUUACAAUUAUUUUUAAGCCUUUAUAUGCACAGAAAGCAUAGUUUUGCAUAUUUAUUUAGGUUGGUGGUGUGUAUUUGUGGAUAGGAGAAUGCAUUUGUGAACAUCAUAAGUUAUUCACAAUGCAUCAUAUCUUCUAGUUAAUAGAUAUGUUGGCAGUUUAAUAGGAACACCUAGCUAAAACUAAUGCAGGCUAAUCUAACAAUAAAUCCUCCUUUAUGAAGGUGAAAUGUUCAGUUUGUCUUCAUCGUGUUGGUUCAUGUUGGAGAAUGUAGUUUCUGCUGCCUUUGAAUUGCCUUAUACUAACGUGUCUAGCUUUUGGCCAUUCCAUUUGUUUCAGUGACCUCAAGCUACAGUAAAUAACAGAGAUAAUGAAUUAUAAUGCUGUAUAAUUCAACAGCAGCACAAACUACAGCCUCCAAAAUGACUGGACAGUUGAAUCAACACCUCUUUAAAGCCUAUGUUUCCUCCUUCAUAGAACACUGGGAAAAACUUUUUUUUCUGUUUUGCAAAAUAUAAGUUGUGCCUAAGUUGCGGUCCAUGUUUGCCAGCUUGCAGUCUGCCUUAUCCUUGGCUUUGUUUUGCUUCAUUUCUGUGCUGCUUUGCAUGUUACUGCCCCCAAUUGCCAGUAACUAGAAUAGCAUGAAACAGGAUGUGAACUGUGUCGCUCACAUCUUUGCACACACAGAUGUGCAUCCACGUGUAUGUACAUAAUCAAAACAAAACACAGACCCACCGGUGAAAGCAUUGCUGUCGAUCUAACAGUACCUUUUUAAUAAGGCUAUUGUAAGAACAUUUGUGCUUCAGUUGAUUUUGCUUUCACAUGACAUUCAAUGAAACAGUUGAAUUAUUU